GGCUGUUUAGCAUGUGGGCUGUGUGCAGCGCUAGGAGGGAGCGGAGUGGCUGCAGCAGUUACACUGUAUCCCUGGUACUAGCGCCGCGCUCCCGGGAGCAGGAGGAGGCGGGGACAGGAGCUGCCCCUUGUGUGCUGCUGUACUAGUGAUCGCUGGCUGCAGGAGAGGAGAGAGGGAAACGCUGCUGCGCUGGGACCCGGGAGCACACUGCAUGGACUGGUCCCUCCCAGCGCCUGGCCGCCGCUCAUUGUCUGUACCGAAGCAGGGGCUUGUAGCGCAGCCCACACUGGCGGGGAUGAGGAUGUGCCGCCCCGACUGGCUCAUAGCUCUGUCCGCCCUCCUACUGCUGCUGAUCUCCCCUUCCUCAGGUGGGCCCAGCGGGGCUUCAUCGCCGUCCCCCUGCCCGGUGCCAUGCCGCUGCAACGCGGAGAGAGGAGUGGACUGCUCCGGGAGAGGGCUGCUGGCGGUGCCCGAGGGUCUCAGCGUCUUCACCAACAUGCUAGAUAUCAGUAUGAACAACAUCACAAAGCUGCCAGAGGGUGCUUUUAAGAGUUUGCCCUACCUUGUAGAACUGCGGCUGGCGGGCAAUGACCUCUCUUUCAUCCAUCCCAUGGCCUUGUCUGGCCUGAGAGAACUCAAAGUUCUGACUCUUCAAAAUAAUCAGCUGAAAACUGUCCCUAGUGACGCUUUGAAGGUUCUGCCGUCCCUACAGUCCCUGCGACUAGACGCUAACCAUAUUGUCACCGUGCCAGAUGACAGCUUCGAGGGUCUUGUGCAGCUUCGACAUCUGUGGCUGGAUGACAACAGUUUAACAGAGGUCCCCGUCCGUCCUCUUGGCAACCUCCCAUCCCUUCAGGCUUUAACACUGGCGCUGAACAAAAUCACUCACGUACCAGAUUAUGCCUUCUCAAAUCUCUCAAGUCUUGUUGUGUUGCACCUUCACAACAAUAAAAUAAAAAGCUUAGCACCCCACUGCUUUGAUGGGUUGGACAGUCUGGAAGCGCUGGACCUUAAUUAUAACAACCUUAUGGAUUUCCCAGAUGUCAUAAAGUCCCUGUGCAAUUUAAAAGAACUAGGCUUCCACAGUAAUUCCAUUUCAACUAUCCCCGAUGGCGCAUUUGAGAAGAAUCCACUGCUAAAAAGCAUACAAUUGUACGAUAAUCCAUUGUCUUUUGUCGGGAAUUCAGCUUUUCAAAACUUAUCAGACCUUCGCUUCUUGAUAAUACGAGGAGCAUCUGAUAUUCAGUGGUUUCCAAAUUUGACGGGAACAGUUAACCUUGAAAGCCUGACCCUGACAGGCACCAAGAUAAAAAGCAUCCCACUGAACUUAUGCCAGGAGCAAAAGAUGCUUCGAUCUUUGGACCUUUCCUACAAUGAGAUUACAACGUUGAACGGAUUGAAAGGAUGCAGUUCAUUGGAGGAAGUUUACUUGCAACAUAAUCAAAUCACAGAGGUUCAAAACGAGUCUUUACAAGGCCUGACAUCUUUACGUGUUCUCGAUCUCAGCAGAAAUUCAAUCAGCCGGAUUCACAAUGAAGCUUUCACCACUCUUACAUCAACAUCUAAACUAGACCUGAGUUUUAAUCAGCUGACAAACUUUCCAACUGGGGGGCUUCAUGCCCUAAUACAGCUGAAACUCACAGGGAAUUCUGCAUUCAAAGAUUCGCUCUCCGCAAAGGACUUUCUCAAACUCCAGUCCGUGUCUGUUCCAUACGCUUAUCAGUGCUGUGCGUUUUCCGCAUGUGACUCCUACAUGACUUCAACUGUUGAAGAAGAUGCUUCAAAGUAUCAGAAACUACUGCUGGACCAUGAGAAAGGAGCCAUUGAAGAUUAUAUGAUCACAGAAGAGGAUAAAGACCAUGUGCAAACUGUCGUUCACUGCAGUCCAUCCACAGGUGCUUUUAAACCCUGUGAGUUCCUGCUUGGCAGCUGGAUGAUUCGGCUCACUGUAUGGUUCAUCUUCCUGCUAGCGUUGAUCUUCAACAUCAUUGUCCUCAUGACCAUGUUCGCUUCCUGUUCACCAUUGUCGUCCUCCAAACUCUUCAUAGGUCUCAUAUCUGUCUCCAAUCUCUUCAUGGGUAUUUAUACUGGAAUUUUGACUGUACUGGACACAGCCUCUUGGGGAAAGUUUGCAGAGUUUGGCAUCUGGUGGGAAACUGGCAGCGGAUGUAAGGUGGCCGGGUUCCUUGCAAUUUUCUCUUCAGAAAGUGCAAUUUUCUUCUUGACCUUGGCAGCCAUUGAACGGAGCUCGUCAGCAAAGGAUAUAAUUAAGAAAGAAAAGAGCCACCAUCUAAAGAAAUUUCAAAUUGCUUCAGUUCUUGCUCUGUUCCUUGCUAUAGCAGCAGGAUGCUUGCCUUUAUUCCAUGUUGGAGAAUUUUCCUCCUCUCCCCUCUGUUUGCCUUUCCCGACAGGAGAAACCCCUUCGUUGGGCUUCACAGUUACCCUCGUCCUUCUUAACUCGUUGGCAUUUUUGGUGAUGGUCAUAACCUAUACUAAACUGUACUGCACUUUGGAGAAGGAAGACCUCUCAGAAAACGCGGAGUCCAGUAUGAUCAAGCAUGUUGCUUGGUUGAUCUUCACCAACUGCAUCUUCUUCUGUCCUGUCGCCUUCUUCUCAUUUGCACCACUCAUCACGGCAAUAUCUAUCACUCCUGAGAUCAUGAAAUCUGUGACUUUAAUAUUUUUCCCAUUGCCAGCCUGCCUCAACCCUGUGCUGUACGUUUUCUUCAACCCCAAAUUUAAGGAAGACUGGAAGCUGUUGAGGUGGUACUUGACCAAGAGAAGCGGUUCUGUUGCCGUUGCAACCAACGCACAAAGGGGAUGCGUGACCCAAGAUUUUUAUUACGACUUUGGAAUGUAUUCCCAUUUACAAGGUAACUUUUCAGUGUGUGACUACUGUGAGUCAGUUCUCCUAAAGAAUCCUCCUUGUAAACACUUAAUAAAGUCUCACAGCUGCCCUGCCUUGGCAGUUGUGCCCUGCCACCGGUCAGAAAACUACUGGUCGGACUUUGGUACUCAGUCUGCCCACUCAGAUUGUGCAGAUGAGGAAGAUUCCUUUGUGUCGGACAGCUCAGACCAGGUCCAAGCCUGCGGCCGAGCCUGCUUCUACCAGAGCCGUGGGUUUCCUUUGGUUCGUUACGCAUAUAACAUACCAAGAAUGAAAGACUGAGAACACACAGAUGGACCUAUUUCUAAUGAAUAUAGCAUUUGUCAGAAAGCACAAAUCAUUAAGGACCUAUCGGCAAAGGGAGCACUUUCAUAAGCAUGUCACUUAUAAGAAGGGAAGUGGACAGAGGACUUUAGGACUCUCAACUGAGACCCUUUUCUUGUCUAUGGGACCGUGUGUUUUGCGCUGAGAAGUUCUGUACGCAGUUCUGUGCCUCUGCGGGAGACAAAAGGUUAAAGACUGACUGUCUGAUAAAUAAUUUGUAAACCAAAAUUUUACCUGCAUAUGUUUUGUUUGUCUAUAUUCUGAUCCAUGUAAUGCUGUGCCUGCUUUCUUUUUAUACAAUGUAAUGUCCUUUUAUGUUAGUUGUUUUUGUAUGUUGUGUAGGUCUGUCACCUGCGUCUAUGUAGGUUUUGACGGAAUGUCAUUAGAUGAAGAGAGCUGUUGAUAUUUUUUUGCAGCAAAAUAACUUGUGUACUUAGUAACUCAGGAUAAUGUACUGCAGGGCCUAGAAGGGAUAUUGUUCAGAAAUGUCAUACAGUCACCCUAAGUAUGUCUAAUCUGGUUUUGCUGUCGAAGAAUUCACCUGUGACGGAUAUUGCCCUGAAAGUUGCUGAGUAUAAUAGAUUACACAUAUGGGAGUGAGUUUGCUUUAGACAAACUGUACAGAGAAGCACCCUGUGCCAAGCACGCGGAAGCCUGUAGCCGCUACACAUGGAAGAUUGUGCGUGCAUAAGGCUAAUGUGGCAUCCGCAGAUACAUAAAUUAGUCAAGCACAAGAGUGAGCUGUUCAUACAAAACAAACGUGAUGUAAAGAGCGGUCAGGUGAGAAGCAUAAUAAAACAGUAUUAUGCAUUCACGAUUAAAAGGCCUUAAUACUACAGUAAAAGUGUAAAUGAUUCAUUAAGCAAGAUUGCGCUACAAAUAGAAAGUGCAUAUUGCCGACUGAUGUUGGAGAUACAUGUCGAUGUAAGCCUGACGCUUCCCAACGGUCGUGAGUAGUGGUUUGGUCUGAAAUGACAUCCUGAGUUUAUUGACAUUGCCACAAUUUAAUUUCAGUUUUUGUCAUAACUAGCCUGGUGUUAAAAUAUUGAUGCUUACAGAGUCCUCUUAUGGACAAACUUGUUCAAUCAGCAAUACUGUGGACUCGUACAAUAGUCCGUCAAAUCUCUAGGAACCAUUGCUGAGGCAUGACAGCCGAAAUACUUCAGGCUUCGAUCAUAAAUAAUAAAUGGCAAACUAAUAACUUUUAAACAUUUGGGGAAGCUGUUGCAGAAAUAUCCAUUCGGCCUGAAUCAGAGGUGGAUCAUGCAGCUGCUGUGUGUAAUUAUGCUAAUGCGCAGCGGCGUCUUGUGGAAAUAGACACCUGUAAGCUUCUGUGAUCAGCUGCUGCGGCCGUGGACAUUGGUCAGCUGAGUAACCCUCAGCUUACUCAGAUCCGUAGCCGAGGCCAGUAAAUUUGCAUCAGAAAAUGCAGACACUGGCCUCUGAUAUCCCAGAAAAUGGUGGCAAACCCCCCCCCCCCCCUUUUUUUUUUUUUUUACAUGAAAUCUGUCACUCCCUCUAUACCUCCAAGUGGCUUAUGGGACAUUGCAUGUAACACUGCAGAACCCAUUCUGUACAUGCACUCAACGGGUCCUGUCCAUGCACAGUACUCCCGGUAUCCGAGUUAUACGCAAACCACCAAUUUGCAGCGGUGACAUAGGGGGAGAUGUACUAAGCCUGAAAA